AUGGCAGUGUCCACGUGGCCAGACAUCUCUCACCUCUCCGUCUCAAGGCCGGAGCUGAUCAAUGUUCUAAGGCAGAUGGGCCAGCAGGUCAAGUGGCCUCAGAAUAUGAAAGCCCUCGACUCUUUCCGGAACCCUGGCUUCUGGUGCGACUUUCAUCGAGACCACGGUCACAAAACGGAGGACUGCGUCGCACUAAAGAUCGAGGUCAACGAGCUGCUUAGGAAAGGGCGCCUCAGGGAGUUCCUUUCCGAAAAGGCCAAGAGCCAUCUAAGCAAGGAGAAAACGGGUAAGCCCACUGAAGCUGCUCCCGUCUCACCACCGCGACAGGACCGAGUGAUCCAUGUCAUUUCGGGCGGUUCAGAAAUUAGCGGCAUAAGCCAUGCAGCUGCAAAGAAAAGCACUCGGACCGCCAAGCACGGCCUAGAGGCAGCCAAGCCAAAACACCUGCUCCUAGGAAUGGACGAGAUAAGCUUCACGGCCAAGGAGCAGGGGAAAGUCCUCACUCCUCAUCAUGACGCCCUGGUUAUCUCGCUCAUUAUAGCGAACUGCCUGGAAAAAAGGAUAUUGGUAGAUAAUGGAAGCUCCGGGAACAUCAUCUUCCAGGCCGCAUACAAGGACCAAGGGCUGGAGGAAGGCGCUCUAACUCAGAGGGUAACCCCGCUUAUAGGGUUCAGCGGGGAAGUCAAACAAACCGCCGGGGAGAUAACCCUCCCCGUAUACGCCGAAGGAAUCAACAUGUCAACCAAGUUCCUCGUGGUUGACUCCGACUCGUCUUACAACAUGAUUCUAGGAUUGCCCUGGAUUCACGGAAUGGGGGCCAUCCCCUGGACUCUUGACCAAAUGGUGAAAUUUCCUACAUCCUGGGACAUAAAGGCGAUCAGAGGAGAUCAGGAAUAUUCUCGUUCCUGCUAUCAGACCAAUAUGAAAGGAAAGACCAAGGUCUUAUAG